AUGCAAACAUUUCAAAAGCCAGAAAAUGCUCUUAAGAGAGCAGAAGAAUUACAAUUUAUUGGGCAAAAUGAAGAUGCACUCCAAAUUCUUCAUAGUGCAAUUGGUCAUAGAACUUUUCGAUUACAAGGAUGGCAUAUAUUACAAGAACAAAUAAUGUUAAGAUAUAUUGAAUUUUGUUUAUAUUUGGAAAAGUUAAGUUUAGUUAAAGAUGGUCUGCAUCAAUAUAGAAUUAUAUGCCAACAUGGGAACAUAGCAUCUUUAGGUAAAGUUAUAACAGAUUUUAGAGAUAAAGCAGAGGAAAAAGUAAGAGUAGCAAAGGAAAAUGUUAUUUUAAAUAAAGAAAAAAUAGAACAAGAAGAAAGCAAUGUGGACAUAACAGAGAAGAUUUUAAUGUCUUCAUUAGAUAUAGAAAUAUCAGGGAAAUAUGAAAGAAAAUUACAAAAUGCGUAUAGAAUAUGUAUGGAAACAUACAAAAUGAUUUUAGAAAUAUUAAGAGCCACUCCAAAAUUAGAAAGAGCAUAUCAUGAAACUGCAAAAAAAGCAUUAAUUUUUUGUAAGGAAAAUAAAAGAUUAACAGAGUUUAAAAAAUUAAGUGAUUUAUUAAGAAAUCAUUACAAUUUAAUUUUAAGAGGAAAGCAUAAACCAGAAUACCAAUCGUUACUUAAGAUUGAAUAUCAUUUAGAAACGAAGAUAAUACAGUUGGAAACGGCAUGUGAAUUAAAUAUGUGGAAAGAGGCAUCAAAUAUUGCUGAAGAUAUUUAUAAUUUAAAUAUGCAUGAUUAUUUUUAUAAAUGUUUAAAAUCAAAUCAUAUUGAACCUGAGUUAGCUCCAGUUGUUGAAAAUAUACAGUCAAGUAAAAAUUUAACUUCAGAAGAAAAUAAGAAAGAAAAAGAGAAAGAGAAAGAGAAGGAGAAAGAGAAAGAGAAAGAAAGCCAAAAUAAAACAGAAAAUGAAAAAUUGCAAGAAGAUUUAACAAAAACAGAAAGAAAAAAGGAAAAUAAAACUGUUAAUGAACAAGUAAGUGUAGAAAUCAAUGAAAGCGGAAAUGUAAGUUAUGGAUUAUCAAAAUCAAAAGAAAAACUAAGAAAAUGGAUAGCCAUUUUUUAUGAGAAAAUGGCAGAUAUUUUAUUUGUCUAUGACAGUGAAUUGUUUCAUGGAUUGGCUUGGUUAAAAUAUUGUUUUCAUAUUUUAAAUUACAAAAAAAAUAUAUCAGAAAACGAAAAAUCCUUUAUUUGUACCAAAGCGGUUUUAGCUGUAUUGUCAAUACCUUUAAUUGGAAAUAAAAAAAAGAAUGAAGAUUAUGCAAAAGUAUUUGAAGCACAUAAAAAAAUGUCCCAAUUGUUAGGCCAUUCAAGUGUUCCUAUAAAAGAAUCUUUAAAAAACGGACUAAAAAUUAAAAAUAUUUUAAAUUAUGCAGAUGAAAAUGUACAAAAAUUAUAUGCUUUAAUUGAAAAUAAAUUUACUCCUCUAAGCUUAUGUUUAGAAUGUGAAAGUUUAUUAAAAGAGUUAGAGAAUACGGAAAACAAAGUUUAUAUUAAAAAAAUUAAAGAAGUUAUUUUUCAUAAAUUAAUUUUACAAUUGUCAAAAGUGUACAGCUAUAUAUCUAUUGACUAUUUCAUUGAAAAUAUUUGUCCAGAUCAUUUUAUCUCGUGGAAUGAAGCAGAAAAAAUUUUAGUUGAUUUAGUAUAUCAAAAAGAAUUAGAAAUGCGAAUAGAUUUAACUAUAAGGGCUAUUUAUUUUGGAGAUAAUGAAAAUAUAAACAGUAGCAAAUUGAUUAAAGAAUCACUUAUGAAUAUGUAUAAUGAUCUUCAAAAUGGAUUAAAAAUGAUUAAUGAAACCAUUGCUAUAGAAAACGAAGUGGAGAAUUUGAAUAUGACAACUUUAACAUAUGAAGAAGAAUUUGAUUUAUUAGAUAAGGGAAAUAAGGUUAUUAAUUAUAAUACUGCAAGUAUAGAAGAUAUUAUUGAAAAUGAAGUUUUUGAUGAAAAACCAAUUGAAGAUGAAAAAUUGCUAAAAAAAAUAUAUGAUAAAAUAGAUGAAGAGCAUCAAAAAAUACAAUUAUUAAAUGAAGAGAAUAAUAAAAAGAGAAGGGAGUUAUUAAAAAAGCAGAAAGAACAAGAACAAGCACAACUAAAAAUAAAAAUGGAAAAAAAAUUGUUAGAGGAAAAGUUAGAAAAAGAAAAAAAAGAAGAAUUGGCAAGAAAAGGAGAAAAAUUAAGAAUAAAAGAAGAAAAAACAAGGAAAAAAUAUGAAGCAGCAGAACAAAUGUUAAAAGAAAUUAAAAAAUUAUGUACUAACAAUUCAGCAAAAAUUUUAAUGAAAGGAAAAUAUUUAGAUGAAAUUACUAUUGACGAUAUAUUGAAUGGUUACGUGGAUUUUGAUGAUAUAGAAGAAGCACAAGAAAAAAUGCGCUUAAACGAAAGAAAUGAAAUUAUAAAAGUUAGGAAAAUAGAGGCAAAACAAGUGGACCAUUUUUUCAGGGCAUUAAGGCAAGUAGAGCUUAGCCAUAUGAAUAGAUGGAUAGCUCAAGUAUUUCAGGAAGAUACUGAAAUUUUAUUACAAGAACAGAAGGCAGCUGAAGAAGAACAAAAAGCUGAUUUUGAGGCAGCCCUUAAAGAAAAAGAAGAAUAUCUUAAAUUUUCUAAUGAUAUUGAAGAAUUUACUAAAAAUGAAAUGAAAUCAAGAAUCGUUGAAUUUGAAAAGAAUUUAAAAGCCCAGAAAGAACGUUUAAAUAAAUUGUUAAAAGAAGAAAAAAUUCAAAGAGCAAGAGAAAGAAGAGAUCAACAUAUAAGAAAAAUAAAAGCUGAAGAAGAAAGAAAAAGAAGAGAAGAGGAAGAAGAGAGAUUAUUAAAGGAAGAAAUGGAAAGAAAAAAAAGAGAAGAAGCCAAAAAAAAGAAGCUCGAUGAAGUAAGUAGAAUACAAAGAGAAAAAGAUCUAGAGAUAGAAAUGAGAUUAAGAAAAAAAAAAGAAGAAGAAUUAAGAAAUGGAGAAAAAGUACACAGAAAAUCAUCAAUUGAUGAUGUUUUGGCAUGGAGAAGAGAAAAAUCCAAUUUUCAUAAUGAAAUGGAAAAUCUUAAAAGAGAAGAUGAAAAUAUAGAUAGCUAUAAAUCCAAAGAUAAAAAUUUAGACAGCUUUUCCAGUAGAGACAGAUCAGAAAGAAGAGAGAAGAGAGACAGAGAACAUAAAAGAGACAGAGAAAAAGAUAGAGAUAGAGAACACAAAAGAGAUAGAGAAAAAGAUAGAGAUAGAGAACACAAAAGGGAUAGAGAAAAAGAUAGAGAUAGAGAACACAAAAGAGAUAGAGAAAAAGAUAGAGAUAGAGAACACAAAAGAGACAGAGAAAAAGAUAGAGAUAGAGAACACAAAAGAGAUAGAGAAAAAGAUAGAGAUAGAGAACACAAAAGAGAUAGAGAAAAAGAUAGAGAUAGAGAACACAAAAGAGAUAGAGAAAAAGAUAGAGAUAAGGAUGAAAGGAGAAGUAAAGAUGAUAAAAAAGAAAGAGAUUAUAAAAAAGAUCGAGAAGAUAAAAGAGAUAGAGACUCAAAAAGAAAUGAAAGAGAUGACAGAAGGGACAAUGAAAAAAGAAGAGAUAAAGAUCUAUUUAAAAGAAAUGAUAAUGAUGAAAAAAAUAAAAGUGUGUGGAACACAAGAGAAGAUACCGAUUUCAAAAGAAAAUAUGAUAUGAAUGAUGACGAUAGUAAAAAUUGGAGAGAUAAAAUAAAAUCAAAUGAAGUAGAAAAGCGUUCAGAAGAAAACCAUAACAGAAUAAAGGAAAAUAAAGAAAAAGAAUAUGCAAAUGAAGAAACACCAAAUGACCAAGAUAAGGAUGGAGUUUCAGAUGGAGGAGAUUUCACAGUUUUUAAAAAAAAGAAAAGAAAUUUUUUAAGGUCCUUUAUGAAAGCAUAA